GAAGAGUUGGAAGAUGAUCCACCAAUCCAUGGAACAAGAUUGCUCUCCGAUAUCUAUCAGAGAUGCAAUGUGGCCAUUUGUGAACCUGCAGGGUAUGAAGAAGUUAUUAAAGACCAGAACUGGAAGUAGGCAAUGGAAGAGGAGUUGUCAAUGAUAAGAAAAAACAAGACUUGGGAGCUUGUUGACAAACCGAAGGAUAGAAAGGUUAUUGGAGUAAAGUGAGUGUUCAGAACCAAGUUAAAUGCAGAUGGUUCAAUCAACAAGUACAAGGCUAGACUUGUAGUUAAGGGGUAUGCACAGAUUUUUGGUGUUGAUUAUUCAGACACCUUUGCACCUGUGGCUAGAUUGGACACCAUAAGACUCUUGUUAGCAAUUGUAGCUCAAAAGGGUUGGAAGGUGUUUCAACUAGAUGUAAAAUCUGCAUUCUUGAAUGGUAUUUUGCAGGAGGAGAUCUAUGUUGAAUAGCCCGAGGGAUUCGUGGAAAAAGGUGAAGAGGAGAAGGUCUACUUGCUCAAGAAGGCUCUAUACGGCUUGAAACAAGCACCUAGAGCAUGGUAUAGCAAAAUAGAUGAGCAUCUCUCAAGCCUCGGAUUCGAAAAAAGCAUGUCAGAGGCUACUCUUUAUAUGAAACAUAAGGGAGAUGAUCUGCUCAUAGUCUCUCUUUAUGUUGAUGAUCUCUUAAUCACAAGUGGUAAUGCCAAGCUUGUUGAAGAGUUCAAAAGAGAAAUGAUGCAGAUAUUUGAAAUGACAGACCUUGGAGUAAUGACAUACUUUUUGGGAAUGGAGAUUAAGCAGUUGGAAGAUGAAGUUUUCAUCUGUCAAAAGAAGUAUGCCAAGGAAAUUCUCAAGAAGUUUCAUAUGGAGGAUUGCAAGGCAAUGGCCACUCCAAUGAAUCAAAAGGAGAGCUUGAGCAAAGAGGACGGGACUGACAGAGUUGAAGAGGAUUACUUUCGAAGUCUGAUUGGUUGUCUAAUGUACCUCACAACAUCAAGACCAGACAUUUUAUUUUCUGAAUUUUCUCAUGGUGCUCUAAGAAGCAGGAAGUUGUAGCACAGUCCACAACAGAAGCUGAGUUCAUAGCAGCCAUAGUAGCAGUUAAUUAGGCAAUUUGGCUAAGAAAAAUUUUAUGUGAUUUGCACUUGAAGCAGUGGAACAACACGAAAAUUCUUGUUGAUAAUCAGGCAGCAAUUGCAAUUUCUCACAAUCCAGUCUUUCAUGG